CGUCUGCUCGACAGUCCCGGUCUGCGACUCCUGGAGCGGCUCCCAGCCUGCGGAGAGCAUGGGGCGGCUGCCGGCCCCUAGCAUCAUCUGCUUCUUCGUCUUCCUCGUCCCCUCGAUAGCAGCUGGUUUCGGGGUUCAGCAGCUGCCCCCCACGGCGAGCGUCCUGGCCGGGGGCAGCAUCACCCUGAGCUGCACCUUCCACAGCCACAACCAGACCGGGAUACAAGUCACCUGGGCCAGGGGCUCCCAGGAGGCCAUCGUGCUGGACCCCGACCACCCCUUCUACCAGGGGCGGCUGGCCAAGAGCCAGCAGGACCAGCAGGGCCGGGCGGAGGCCACGGUGACCCUGUCGGAGCUGAUGGAGAGGGACUCAGAUCUCUACCACUGCUACAUCACCCACCCGCAGGGCGAGCAGGCGAAGGGCACGGGGACCACCCUGACUGUGACUGGCAGAGCUGUAACAGAAAUUCCAGCCAGCUGCAAGAGAGCGCUGGUCCCAAAUGUCGGAGCAUCUGCCCAGAAACCAGCUGGUCUGGGAGUUUCCCAGGAGCCCAGGUCCCUCCACAUGACAGCCGGGGAGAACAUGACCCUGAGCUGCACCUUCCAGAACAAACAUGGCAGCAGAGCCAAGAUAAUUUGGCUCAGGGGAUCCGGAGAGGAUCUGGAGCUGGAUUCUAACCACCCCUUCUACCGGGGGCGGCUCCGUGUGUCCAGGAUGGACGAGCACAGACAGGGGAAGGCGACGCUGACCCUGGCUGAGCUGCAGGACCGGGACUCUGGCCUCUAUCGGUGCUGCAUCGAACUCGACCGUGGGGAGACAGGGGUGGGAGGAGGCACUGAGCUGAGAGUGAUGCGGAGAAACCAGAGUGAGACUGACGACAGAAAGGAAUCGAAGCGGGAUACCAGCACAGAACUCACCAUCUACAGAGCCACGAUUGCUCUGGCAGGCAUCAGCAUCAUCCUCUUAGUUACCACCCUCCUGCUGCGCGGAAGCAAAGACACCCAACACCAGCAGCUGGCAAAGGGGGACAGCAGAGCUGGGGGUAACACGAGCGAGGAUCUGCAGUACACCGAAAUCACUUUCAAGGCUCCGGCUCACACAGAAUACGCCUCCAUCCGGACCCAGCAGCUCUGAAGAGUCAGAUCUGACUGUGCAGCAAAGGGAGAGGCAGGGAACGGCAGGAGAUCCCUUCAUCAGACAACCUUGGAGGCAUCUCCCAGGGUUAGUGCUCGCUUAGUCAACGUGCUGAGCCUUUUGCUUCUGGACAGCUACUUACAGAUGACCGUAGGCAUAUAUGUGUGAGGCUGUGGGCCAGAUCCCCAGCUGGGGUCAAUCAUCUGUUGCUCCAUGGGUGUUGAUGGGGCUAGAUCCCCAGCUGGUGUGAACUGGUGUCACUCCUCUCACCAGGAGGGGAGGCAGAGUUCAGCCCGGGAGCCUGGCCCACAGGAAAGGAGGCAUCCAAACUUCCAAGUGGUGCCCCACGGGAGUUCAGGUGCCUCAUUCUCUACGAGGCAGGCUCCUUGGAAGAACUACAUCUCCCAUGAUGCACCAUGUUCUCUCUCGGUGCAGGGAGGGUGUCGUAGGAGUCCCUAGCAGGGAUGCAUCAUAGAAUAUACACUCUGGCCCAAAGAGAACGAAGCUUGGAAUGACAACUCCUAUACAGCCCUGCUUUGAAUCAAAACAGUUCGAGUUUUGAGAUUUUUGCCACAAAGUUGAAAUUCUCUGCAGAAAAUAAUUAAUGAGUAUAAAAUUUAUUUGUUGAAAUUUUCUCUGAAAAAAAAAAUCCUUUUCUCUCCAUCAACUCUAAAGCUGAGAUUCCUUUUUUUUUUUUUUGCUGCUGCUGCCUCUUUCUUGAAAGAAUAAAACUGGCCAGCG